AUGUCGUCCCGCGAAACCUCUCCACCCCUCGAGGUAGCGCCCCGCGCGCCCUCGCCUGAACGUCUCGGUAUCGACAUUUGGUUUCUCUCCGAAGCCGAGCGCGGCCAGACCAACUCCAAGAACUCCAAGUCCCCUGCUCCCAAGCAAGGCUUUGCGCGUAUUCCAACCACCAGCGAGAUGCGCACGGUCCUUUCAAACAUCCGCGCAGCCGUACCACUGUUCAAGGACGCUGCCCGGUCCGCCUUCCUUCCUCUUCCUAGAAAGGAGGUUCUCGACCCCGAUGCAACUCAACACCAAGUCGAGGAAGAGAUCGUGAGCGUUCCCGAGACCACAUCGGUCAUAAACCACUCGAACCCAUACAUUGGUCAAGCGAGGCCAGAGGCCAAGUACCGUUUUAGGACGCUCGUGCGAUCACCACUCGCAAUGACUUUGCCCCUCACCGCCGCCGAUCUCGAUCGCGAGAUUGAGCCGCCCUCCAAGCACGACUGGCUCACACUCUACCUUGCCACCCUCGCACUCCUCAUCUGGGCAGCCGUGAUAUACUCUGCACUCGACAGGGGCCUUGUCACCAAGGUAUGGGAGAAUGGCCUCAACUGGCGCGUCCUCCCUGGCGCCCUCACCGAUCCUGCGCGCACCUGGGCCGUCGCUGAUGACGUCCUCGGCGUCGCAGGCGUGUGUAACGGCGGCGUGUGCCAGUGGACCCCGCUUGUGUAA